ACCUCCCUCCACCCCCUCCACCACCUCCACCACGUCGACAACCCCAAAAAAUCAUUGACGCCCUCCUCAUCAUCUAUCUUUGUCUCGCUCACAUACAUUUCCAUGCCAUCGACCUCCGCCUUUCCUGUCUCGAGCGACAUAUCUCUGACAAUUGACACCUGCUAGCAUCCUGGACGAGGAGGAGAAUAUAUAUACAUACAACGAGUCUGCGUCACCUUCCUGCUGCACAACGACUUCGCGACACCCACAAACUUCUCGCCUGCAUACUUCGUCCAACGAUCCCACCGCGGCCCUGGAAUACUUCACAACGCACAGAGCUAUUGACCGACCUUUCUUCCCCCCCCAUCUUCAUCCUCGGCCUGCGGCAGGUUUCGCAAAAAGGCAGCGAAUAUCUCAGCAUCGCCGUUGCUCUCCUUUCGACGUCGUGCCACGGACCAACCUAUCCUAUGCCUCCUAUAAACCCGAUUUAAUAUAACCCCUAAUUUAUCCGCAAUCUAUCGUUGCCCGGGACAGCUCCAUCCCACGCGACACAGCCCACUCGUCCAACUGUCUACCCUACCCUCUCCCAUCUGAGGGAGGGUAUCCUGCCGACGGCGCGGCAAUCAGUCGACGAAAAUGUCUCUACAUACGACCUCCCAUCUCGGGGAGAGCAACAAACCGAUCAGAAGUCCUGCUGGCUCGAUAUCAACAUCCUCGAUGACGGAUUUCCCGGCGCGGACCAUGGAGCCUGCCAUGGAUGGGCCGCCAUCGCCACAGAGAAUCAGAGCAUACACAGAGCAGAUGAAGAGGAGCGUAGCCGCUGGCCACCAAAGGACAAGAACCGGCACCAGCUCAACGUCGUCGUCUGCCUCGGGAGCUGACUCGGGGACAAGGUCUCCGGAAGAAUCGCUGUCGAGACAGGCGUCGCGAAAGUCGACCGCGGGCAUGUCGGUCAAAGCAGAACGGCCAGACACGUUACAGAUGUUUGGGAAGGCAUUAUUCUCGCGAGGAUCGAAGAGGUCCAAGAAGGGAAGGUCGAGGGCAUCAUCACUGCUGUCGCUAAGCUCGAGGGAAUCUACCAUGGUCACCCCGCGAAGCGCCGUUGACGAGGAGGUUGCUUUCAAGAAACACCUCAUCUCUGGGCCUUACGACUUCCAACACGUCGUCCACACAGGACAUGAGCAGGCGCCCAAUGUGGAUAUCGCGAGCAGAGAUGACCUCCUCGAGGAGUUUUCCACAGUACGGAGAUCAAAUGCACCUACAGGAGAGCUUAGGGGCAUCAGGGCAGACGACCUUCACUUCCACAACUUCUCUUUGGAAGCCCUCGAUGUCUUGGUCGAGAAAGACCCUCCUCAGCCUCCACCUCAAUUACCACUAAAGAGCCCAGCAAGAAGGAGCAUCAUCAGGAAGCCCCCUAGCCCACUCAAGCCGAGCCUGCGCUCGAGCAAGUCCCAAGACAGCGUCCGCGCUGGAUUGUCCCCUCCACCGCGGCCGCCACGAUCCCCAAUGACAGCACAGUGUCCGAUAUCCCUACCCCCGAGGACCUCAUCGAGGACGGCAUCCAUCAUCUCGGAUGAAUACGACCCUCUACAAUCCACGUCACUCGAGAGACCUCACUACUCUGCCGGUUUCCGGAGGCCGCAGGCCUUCCACCUCCCGCGUUCUCCGCCCCUACCGUCUCCCCCAUUGCAAAAUGUCCAUGGCGACCAUGAAGUGGAUUAUUUCCAGGAAAGAACCACCAUGUUGCUAAGGUCACCAGAGAAUGAGGGCUGGCCGUUCUCUGCUGCUGCCCAGUCACCAUCCGAUUCAAAGCUGGAGGAUGUACCUGAAGAGGAGGAAACAGUGGCGGCCGCACGACGCUCACGCAUAUCCAUCGGCAGCACUGAUCUGCGCAUCUCCAAGUCCGUCCCUAACCUCCUCCCGUUCCGCGCCAGGCGUGACUCUGACCGCCCGCACACCCCGUCCUCUGACAUCGUGCGUGCGCCAGUCCUCGUCAUGACCCCUAAGAAAUCGGAUGCAAAGCUCGACCUUGACACCUCCCGCUCAUGGGAGGAUGACAUCGACUACUGCUACGACCAUGAGGUCGAGGCCGACUGCGACUACAACUGGGAGCGCCAUUCGAUUGACGUCGAUACCGUUAGCAACUACUUCCACGACUCCGCCAUCUCGACCAACUCGUCCUCGGACGACGUCACGCUUAAGAACUCACCGCCGCUGGCAUCCCUGCAUUCCGCAUCGGCAAUGGAGGUGCGCAGAGAGUCGCGUCGACUCUCUGCGCACCUCGAUGGCCUGCGUCACCCGCCCGUUUACAACACCCCCUCCAUCCUCGCGCCAGCGCACACACCCGAUCUCAUCCCGCCGUCAACAGCCACAAUGGCGGAUUCCCCAGCCUCUACCCCGACGCCUCCCACGCGCCCAACACAACUGCGGUCCCCAUCCGCAGCGUCAUCCUUCAAGGAGUCGUUUGGCUUCACGCUCUCACCCUCGCUACUCAUCCCUGCCGACUACGCGGCGCAGAUGAACGGCACCGCAUCGCCCACUUCAACGUACUCCGCCGGGCCCCUCGACGACGUUUCUCCUACCGAGCGCGAGCCUAGCCCUGCGCCUACGGAGACCCCAGACGUCGUCUCCUCGCCUACUCUGUCGACAAACCCAUUCUUGGCGUAUAUUGUAACGACCGAGAAGUCUGAGAAUCUGCUGCUGCAGAGCGCGGAGGAACGCUUGUUACCGCCGUCGAGGGCGCCGAGUGCAUUUAUCAACGCGCAUGACCGGAAGGGGAGCGUGCCGCUGCUUGGGCGGGUAGCGAAGGAAAGUCGUGGGAGGGCGAGCACGAUUGGUGGGUCGCUUGGGAGGGGGAAGGGGGGGUACGGGUUGUUCCCCUCGAUGCUGAGUGCCGAUCCUUGAGAACCUGCUCGGCUCUCAGAAGGCGGAAGAAGGGAUAAAGAAAGCUGUUUGGGUAUGAUACGUGAACGUCGCUUGAGAAAAGAUAUAAACAUUCUUUGCAUUUUUUAUUUUCUACAAUGUUUUUUCUUUGGUUGGGGGUGCUUGUAAUUUUUUUGGGAGGGGUGUUUUUAGGAGGUGGUUAUCACGGUCACUACAACAUUAGAUGGGUUUUGGAGGGGCACGGUUGCUACUGUUUGGUUUGGGAAUUUUUUAUAUAUACGGUUGCUACUGCGAGGUUGGGGGCCGUCCGGGGGGGGUUGGUUGGCGGCUUUACGACCUUAUGGAAACUUUGUUUUGGAGAGAGAUGGAAGGGGGGGACGGGUCCGGAAGUGUCUGCCUGCGGCUGGUCGUCCAGUACUACGAUAUAUCUGAGAGUAGGGAAGAGGAGCCGUUUGAGAGACGGAGAGAGCAGAGAGAUGUAUGAUGCUAGUAGACAAAAGUAGGGCUCUUUGGUAGCCGCAGCGGGUUGUAGGUGGUGUGUGGGUGUAUAGAUCAAAAUGUAGACGUGUUGCAUC